AUGGACAAUAUUAUUUCCAACAAAACUUACAAGCACGUUGGAAAUCAAAUAUAUGGACAACAAGGCUUUAAUCCAAUAUUUGGUCCAGAUGCAUUUGAUGAUGUUAUAUUAAAUGUUGAUUAUGGAGCAAUGGACUCAUAUAAUAUCGGUAUACAAUCACAUGGUUUUACUAGUGGACAAAUACAGGGCGGGUUCGGUGCUGGUGGACCAGUACUAGGGGGUAUUGGUGCUCCGGUAGUAGGGGAUUUUGGUGGAUCAGGAUUGGGAGGUUUCGAUGUUGGUGGAUCAGUAUUGGGUGGUUUUGGUCUGGGUGGCAUUAAUGUUGGUGGAUCAGUAAUGGGUGGUUUUGGUGCUGGUGGACCACAAUUUGAUGCUGCUAAAGCUGUAUUCAAUCUAGCUGAUACUAAUAAAGAUGGUGUACUAAGUCGAAAUGAGUUUCAACAAUGGGCUCAAGGUGGUAUUCAAAAUGUAGGUGGACAAUUGCAUUCAAUUCAUCCAACAAAAGCAGGAGUAACAACAACAGCAAUAAAUAAUCCAAAUAAUUUAAAUCUUCCCCAAGUACCUCAAGGUUUUAAUCCUCAAAUAGCAAAUAUUCUUGAACAAAGUGGACUUUCAAAAUUUGUUUAA